AUUUGAAUUUCCGGUUCAACUAACCUUGUUGGUUUCCAGAUUGCAUAGGAGGAUGAUUCGAUACGUUAUUCCUCGUUUAUCGAAGAGAAUAAAGUCUCAGAAGGUCUGUUGUUUUUGUGCGAAAACACAUGUGACUACAACACAGCCUACCAAUUGGAAGAUAGCUGCGGCAGUAUGUGUGGAAAGAUAUCCUGUUAUCACACAAGAGCUAAAUGAUAUUGAAAAAAGAUUCCAAGAUAUGUGUUCAAAGAUUGAUGUUGAAAACAGUCUGCUCUCAGUUCAUGAAGAAAAAAUAGAAUCAGAGAAAAAAAAAAUGAAGGCCAAGAAAGAAAAAGAAGAGAAGGGUGAUAAGGAGGAACAAAGUAGUAAAGAUAUAUCAGCAGUGACAGCAUUUGACAAAGAAGAUCAUUGGGAGAAAGAAGUAAAAGAAUACCAAAUACCUAGCAGAAUAACUGAGGCAGAUAAGAAGAAUGAUAUGAAAUCUCCAAAAAGAAAGUUGGAUAGAAAACUAGUCUUAAUUGUACAAGAAAUAAUAAAUGGAAAGGAAAUAUGGAAGUUACCUGAUGGUUAUUACAACAAUGAAGAAACAUUAAAAGAGACUGCAGAAAAUGCUUUACAACAACGCUGUGGAACAACAUUGAAGUCCAACAUAUUUGGUAAUGCUCCUCAUGGACUAUUUAAGUAUAAACUUCCUGUGUCAGUUAGAGAAACAGAAAAUGCUGAAGGAAUUAAGAUAUUUAUCUACAAGGCCGAAUUUAAGGAUGGGAACGUUGAUUUGAAGGAUAAAGAAAUAUUGGACUACAAAUGGGUGACAUUAGAGGAGCUGUCAGAAUAUGUUACACCACAAUUUGAAAAAACUUUAAAAGAAUUUGUUUUAGAAUUUUGAAAUUAAAAAUAUAAUCUUGAAA